AUGUGGUCGUGCUGGAGAAGGUGGCCGUGUUCAGUGGCCAUCCUGAUCAUCUCUGUCACACACAAGGGGACGGUCACCUGCGUCAGGAAGGUGGGAGGAGGCAGCCUGGACCCAGAGAGCAUCUUUGAGAUGACAGAGCAGGCUUUCCCUACGAAGAAAACGGUUAAAAAGGAUGAAGGAAAAGAUGCAGCCAUAGAGGAGCUGCAGAAGCAGAUUGACGACAUUGUUCAGGAUCUAAAUAUUAUGAAGGAGCAACAGGCUUUGCAGUCAGUUUGUUUGAAAGGGGUCAAGGUUCAUGGCAAGUGUUUCCUGGCUGAGCCGCGGAAGAAAAGCUACCACACAGCCUUUGACGACUGCAUUGCCCUGGGGGGUGUACUCGGUACCCCCUUGUCCAAGGACCAGAAUGACCAGCUCAGCGACUACGUCUACCAGAGCAUCGGCCCAGGCGAGCAGAUCUGGCUGGGCAUCAGCGACAUGGUGACUGAGGGCAACUGGAUGGAUCAGGUGGGCAACAGCAUCCUCUACAAGAACUGGGACUCUGAUUCCAGAUCCCCAAAGACAGAUCGUUCCCAGAACUGUGUCAUCCUCUCAGAGGCCACUGGUGGGAAAUGGUUAGACAAGAACUGUCGUGAGGAGAAGGCCUCUGUCUGCGAGUUCAACAUAGUCUGA